UCAAUUUAUUUAGAGUGGAAAUUAUGAGGUGAUGGGUGUGUUGAGUUGCUUUGUGAUUUUUAUUAAUUUAGAUUAGUACGAAUUAUUUUCAUAGAAUAAAAAUAUAAAAAUAUUUCUUAUAAUGUAAAUAGUAAUUAUUGUGAUCUUAUUACUGAAUUAUUUGUUAAUAUUCCUAACAAUAUCCGCAAAUGAUAGUGUAAAAUAUUACGCACGAACCUUUAAUAAUGGAUGUUGUUAUUCUAUGAUGUUUUUCUAAACAAUAAAAGCAAAUAACACAUUGGAGUGGUCAUCAAAUUAAAGCAAGUACCCAAUUAAUUUCCAAUGAUGUAUACAACAAGAGGAAAAUCUGUAAUUCCUAUUAGAUGUGAUCUGUUUUUAUACAGUUCAAAUUAGUGAUUAAAUUUCGAAUCUAAAAAUGUCGACGCCGUGCCAAAAAGGCGGGAUGCGCCUGAGUGAAGCACUGGAUAAUAUGCAACUAGCAUACAAUCCAAUAACAAAGCAGUUGCACUUCGUGAGUCCAAAAGUUGAGAAACCGCCAGAAGACACCUCGGAUGACGUUGAUAAGUUAUCGAAAAAGAGCAGUUUCAGUGAUGAGGGUAAUUUUUCUUUGUCGACCUGUGAGAAAAGUGAUACAAGUGAUUCCCCGAAAAGUACAUUACAGUGGGGUGGUAGUGUGAGUGGUCACCAGCGUGGCAAAGACGGUGGUUCAUUCUCCAGCACUGUGUCGAGUCUGUCUGAGUGCUCCCUCGGGUCUAGUGCUUCGAAAGAGGAUGAAGUACCAGAAACUACCACAUCAGAUCAGGAUCAGUCGAAGCUAAAGAAAAAGGGGUUAUCUGGAUUUUUCAGCAGAGGCGUGUUCCCAUGGAAGAGUAGCUCCAAGAGUCAAGAGGCGACAUCGCCCACCGUCACCUGGCGGCUUUUCGGUAGCAAGUCCACACAGAACCUGGCGGCGAAGACUCUAACGUCAGAGGUGCAGAAGUCCUUGACACCUGUGUCUUCAGCGACCAGUACGCCGCAUCAUCACAAGCGGCAGGGGAGUUCAGCGAGCGAGAAGCAGUUCGAAGACCUAGUCGCCAGCUCGAUUGCUCUAAUACAACAUGACAGACCAUCAAAUCUCCCAGCUAAAUGUACGGAAGAGGCUCUUCGGCAUAAGGCGGAGCACGCACGAAUGGUGGAGGCGGCGAGGCGUCGAGUGGAACGUGAGGCGGCGGCGAGGCAUGCCCGCCUCCAAGAGUCGCUGAGGGUCGAGGAGAGGCUCGCAAGGCACGCCAAGGAGUGGACGCAGAAUAUACUCCCGGAUUGGCAGAAUAUGAAGAACAAUAAACGCACCCUAGAAUUGUGGUGGAGCGGGCUCCCACCAUCGAUUCGCGGCAAAGUGUGGCAAUUGGCAAUCGAGAAUAAACUGAAAAUCACACACCAAAUGUACCAGGAGUAUGUCGCGAAAGCGAAGCAGAAACUGCACGAAGCGCAGUUACGCAGGAAAAGGUUAAAAGUCAACAACCAAGAGACCUGCGACUGUGACAGCGACAAUGUGAAGUUCGACGUCACCAAAGAGGAGAAAAAGGCCAAAACUGACGAGAGAACAGAUGAAAAACCUCGUCUGAGUAUACCGAGGAAUUUAAGCGAGCAGAACCUAAAGUCGCACAGUACUGAUUCGGGACCAAAGAAGUGUUGUUCGAAAUCCAACCCUAACCUGCUAGACUAUAGUGACGAGUGUUCAAUGGAGCUGAUACAGCUGGACAUUGCUAGAACGUUCCCACACCUGUGUAUUUUCCAACCGGGCGGGCCCUAUUUCGACGUUUUACAUGAAUUAUUAGCAGCGUACGUGUGUUAUCGGCCAGAUAUAGGAUACAUACAGGGCAUGUCGUUCAUCGCGGCGGUGCUUAUUCUGAACAUGGAAGCGCCGCAAGCGUUCGUGUGCUUCGCGAACUUACUGGACGGUCCUGUACUGCGUGCUGCAUUCACACGCGACGGGAACACUAUGCAGCGGCUGUGGCAAGCGUACGGCCUGGUGGCGCGGCGGUCGGUGCCGGCGCUGGAGUCGCUGCUGGGCCGCCUGGCGCCCGAGCUGUACCUCCUCGAGUGGCUGUACACCGCCUUCGCAAAGGCAAUGCCGCUCGACGCCGCCUGUCGCAUCUGGGACCUGUUCCUGAGGGACGGUGGCACCUUCCUGUUCGCCGCCGCUGUUGGUAUCCUCCACCUGUACCAGGACGAGCUUAAAGAUAUGGACUUCAUUACCGCCGCUCAGUUCCUCACCAAACUCCCCGAAGAUCUAGACACCGAGGCGUUAUUCAGAAGCAUCUCGACGGUGUCCCUCUCUGUGGACGGUAUGACCUUCGAGGAGCUGGUCUCCUGCUGCGAACUCGACACCCUGGAUGAAGACGUCACAGUCAGGUUAUGAUACAGGGCGAGGAGGUGGAGCGACUUCGGCUUCUGGGAUAUGGUCGACGCACUAUCCUUUCGGGUACGCUUAUAGUGUCUCGUAAGAAAUUAGUAGGUGUCUUUGCGAAGAUUGACACGUCGUAAGUGGAGACUUUGAAACAGGUACGAGUGUACACGUGUUGUAAACGAGACGUAAGGCAAAACUGUAAAUAGAUAUGUUCAGGGUGGAAUUGUAGUUAGCUGUGUUUAAGAUGUUGAUAUACCCGUGGCUUUUCUGCCUAUUUUAUAUAGUAUAUGGCGGGGGGGAGGUAUAUGGGUUAUCUAUACAACCUAUAUUUUAGCUCUUCAUCUGUAUAUACAUUUUUUGUUGCAAGAAAAUUGAUUCCUAUGAUUACUAUAUGCUCAAAUCUCUGCUCAUUAUUACAAAAAUAACUUGUGUAUACACAAGCUAUAAGGAAUAGUUUAUUUUUUUAAUUAAAUGUGCAAAAUUCCGGUAUCCAGAGCAACGGGUAUAUUCUUAAUCUCUGUCUACCCCAAAGAAAAUGAGGUGUAAAGGUAUAGUUUUUAGCUUUAAAUAUCUGUAAUUGUUUAUAAUUAAUCCUGUAUUGUGAGAUAAAUAUACAAUUAUGUGAUUGUUAUAAAAAAGUUUAUAAAUAGUUUUUUUUUUUUAUAACGUAUUUUCGACUUUACUGAAAACAUUUAAAGUUGAUAGUCGUUUGUUAUACAUUUGCGAGGUAUCGUAUACAUUUGUUGAAAUUAGUUUGCACUAUUACAUAAUUUUUUAAAGUUUUUUAACGUUUAAAUGGAACAGGAAUCUCAGAAUACGAUCGGGAGUUAAUUUUUAAAGUUUUUUUUUUUUUAAUGAGACCUGUUUUUAAUCUUCAUUUGAAAUAAUCUACUCGAAUUUUUUUUUUUUAAUAUGCCAGAGUUCACAUCGGGAUCUGUUAUGCUUUAUUAAUUGAAUUAUACAAUCUUUUCAUUAUGAUGAUAUUAUUAAAAGAUUUUUUUUUAUUUUUGGCAAUAUUUUAGUUUUAUAUUGAUUUCGAAUAUAUUAAAAAUAUUAAUAAAUUGUUAAGCUUUAACAAAUUGUUGGAUUCAUAUUUAUUAAAGAAUUGCAGGCGACCGGUGUUGCCUGCAAAUAUUUUUUGGUAAUAAAUAAAAACAAUGGCCGUAAAAAUAAUAAUAUUAAUUUUGUAUAUAAUUUUUACAUUUGUAAUCGAAAACUAUUUAUUUUGUAAUAAAAAAAAAGUUAUUUUUAUAAUUUAAAAAGGGUUUUUCUCAUUAAUACGAUCCGAAUACAGUUUUACAAUGUACAUAUAAAUAAUAACUUAAAUUAAACAUGUAAAUAUGUCUGUCUGUAUGUGUGUUAACUUUAAAACAUAUCAUAUUAGAUUAGAUACUUAUAUGCUGAGUACCUGUUAUAAAAAUUAUAUUAGAGCUAGCAAUAUUUCAUGUGAAAAUUAUUUAUAAAAUUAAAUUAAAAGUCUAUAUAGUAUAUACAGAGUGUAUCGGUAAGCUUAGCUUAAUCGUAACAGCCUAUUAUUGAUUCAUAACUGGGUACGAGACUCCCCAUAAGCAACUAUCUUACAAAAGAAAUCUUACAAAUAUUAUGUGUGUUUACAAUAUGGAAUGGCCUUUCCCGUGACGUGUUUCCUUCGUCCUAUAACCUCUGAUCCUUCAACCGCGGAAAAGCAGAUAUAUAGGUACUAUUUACCUAUAAUGGCUUUUACAUCGCGUCAAGUUCCGAUUGUGUAUUUAAAAUAUGUGUAAACAACGUGAAAGUUUAAAAUUAACUAGGAGUAUGCUUACUCCAAAAGGAGUGAAAUAUUUUAAAUAGGUAACAUAUUAUGUUGACAUUCUUAAAUAAUGGGCUUAAAGUAUUGUAUAUUUAAGUUAUUGUACAUAAUAUUUAUAUAUUGUAUAUAAAUAAUAUUAAUAACCGUCAAUUAUAUUUUAAAAUUAUCGUAACUCUAAUACAACGAGUAGUAAAACCGGCCUAAUAGUUAAACGAUCGAAGACUUCGAUACUAUUUUAAUUAUAAAUAAGAAUAUAAUGGUCCAAAUAUGUGAAUUGAAAUUAUUCAGUAAUGUAGGAUUUUUUAAACUUUUUUUAAAUGAUAAAUUUUUUUUUUGUCUAUGCUUCUUAAUCUAUGCCACGAUAUAAGGAGAGUGACAGUUUACGAGGUUCUCGCGAUAUUGUUUCUUUGCUUGUAAAAGUUUGAUUAAUGUUUACUUGUUUUUAGUCGAGUAGCAGUCAUCGUUCCUAUUUUGGAUUGUCAUGCUUAAAUUAAUAAAUAAAAGUAACAAUUAAAUUAUCAUCUUUAGUUUAACAAAUAAGCGAUCCCAAAUUAAUCACCUUUCAUUUUUACCAAUUAGUGUGAAACCAUUUUGAAAGUAAUAUUUUUUAAAUAAAAUUAAAAUAUCUAUGUGUUUAUCUGCGUAAUAUGUAUAAUUGAGUUGGGAAUCUUCUCUUAUUAAAUUGGUGAAACGUUAGUAUAUUAAAUAAACUUUAUCAUAAACUGUAUCAAUUUAUUUUGUAAUUUAAUGAAUUAUAUUUAAUAUUUAAUUUGACUUUACACAACUGAAACAAUUUCAAUUUACACAAAGUUUGGACUUAUAAGUGUGUAUAUAAUUUAUUAUGUGUAAAAUUAAUAUGUGAGUAAUUAUUAUAUUAUUAUUAUAUUUAGGUCGUCAGAAUAAGCUAUAUUUAUAUAUAUAUAUAAAUAAUAAUUAAUUUAAUCUUAUAUACAGUGUAUCGACACUAUAAAUAUCGAUUUAUCUUCAAGUCAACAUUUUUUAUCUUGCUCAUCACUGAAAUAAACGAAUGAGAUAGUAAUAUAUAUAAUAGAGUGCAUAUACUUUCUCUCUUUAUUGUUUCCUCCAAAAGGUUACAGUAGUAAACUUAUUAUAAAUAUAAACAAUUACAAUAUGAUUGAUAAAUAUGACUUUAUCAUGAAACUGUAGGGGUUGUCUAACUAACUAUAACCCGCGGUUUUGCUCGUGUUUUCAUAAGUCUCCUAAUUAUUGCGAGAAAACCACGGGUUAUGAAGUGUAUACGAGUAUACUAAAUUACAAAUAAAUCCAUUGGGUUAGGAUUUUAAUUGAUAGUAGAUAAAAAAAAAAAUGAUUUCAAAUUGACUUUUUUUUUUCUUAUUUGAUGCAAUGAUGCAGGUUCAUGUGUUCUACACACAAUCUAUCUCUAUAUCUAAUAUAUCAACUAAUCGACGUUAAAUGAAAAUUAUAAAGUAAUUUUCUCAUACUUGUCUAAUGGCAGUGUAAAAUUCAUCAAGUUUAUAUUAUUGGUUGUUGAGAUUGAUGCGUUCGUACAGACAGACAAAAGUGCUUUUUGUAUUAUAUAGAAAUAAAUAGCAUAUUUGCUACGAUUCGUUGUAGAUAAACAUUCAAAGUGUACAUUGUUAUAGAAAUAUAUACUUAGUUCUUGUAACUAAUUGACGGCUUUAACGAAACCCUUGCCACGCGUUGGAUAUUGUUGAACAAUUAUGAUUUUUAUAAUAUUUUUUUUUUUCUGUUAUAACUUUAUAUACGAAUUUGCACUUAUUAAUUUAACACUUUUUUUCUUUACUUUUUUUUUUUAUUGUGAUGCAUAGAUGUACUCUAUGUAUUGAUUGUGUAACGUUUUUAACGCUUCUUUGCAUAAUGGUGGAAAUUUCCAUCGUAACAUUGAAUGCCCAAAAAUUAUAUAGAAGAACAGUUCAAAAGUUAUUAUUUUGUUUAUAAACGAAUGAUUAAUUGAAUAAAGAGAUUGAUAAAUGACUA